GAAAUUCUUACUCUGAUGAUACCUCACAUCGUUUCUUUGUCUAUCCUCUCCGAUCAUCCCUUGACGGUAUAAUCAGUGCAAACAAAAAUCUAAAAUAUUAACGGUCGCAAAACAACAGUAGUCGGCGUCAUAAAAAUUUGAUAGUAAUAAUAAUAAUGAUAAUCUAAAAAAGAAGAAGACUGUAUCCUCUUCAGCGACUAUUACAGCCAAACUAACCCCUCCGUAUGAAAACAUUUCGUCCUACACCUCGUAAUUAAUUUUCCCAUUUAUUUUUAGUUACUUAUCAUUGUUUACGGCCGUUCGUCGACCCCUGGAACUGAUAAAUCGCGUUCUAAAUCUCCCCAUCGUGUUCAGUAGUGAAAAUCACUAGUUGCAGCAACGAUGAAGAGCUCCGGUAGUUUUAUUAUAUUUCUGCUUGUACUUUUCUGUGAUUAUUCCUUGGCAUGGAAAAAUUUCUUUAGAGGAAGAAGUAAACAUGGGCUUGGAGACCCGAAAUUAUCCAGAUAUCACCAAUUACCAAAGGACAGCUGGUUCACCCAGAAUUUGAACCAUUUUGAUCCCACAAAUAUGCGAACAUGGCAACAGAGAUACUUCGUCAACGAAGAGUUUUACAAGAAAGGCGGUCCAGUCUUCCUCUUGAUCGGAGGAGAAGGAGAUGCCAGCGCAAAAUGGAUGGUCGAAGGCCAAUGGAUCACGUACGCAGAACAAUAUGGAGCCAUGUGCUUCCAACUGGAGCAUCGCUUUUACGGAAAAAGUCAUCCGACUUCAGAUUUGAGUGUUAAAAAUCUCGUGUACUUGACCUCGCAGCAAGCCCUGGCAGAUUUAGCAUACUUCAUCGAGGGAAUGACACACAAACAUCAAAUUCCUGCAGACACCAAGUGGAUUGUCUUCGGAGGUUCCUACCCCGGAUCCCUAGCUGCUUGGGCUCGCGUCAGAUAUCCUCACCUGAUUCAUGGUGCUGUCUCCACCAGCGGUCCUCUCCUAGCUCAGCUGGAUUUCCAGCAGUACUACGUCAUCGUCGAGCAGGCACUCAGAACUCACUCUCAAGAAUGUGUAGACGCUAUCACUAAUGCUACACAGCAGAUUGACGUGAUGCUCAAACAUAGAAUUGGACAGACGAAUCUCAGCGAGAAAUUCAAGCUUUGCGAUCAGAUCGAUCCAUCGAAGACCAAGAAGAAUGAUAUCUCCAAUCUGUACGAGAAUCUUGCUGGUAAUUUUGCUGAAGUUGUUCAGUACAACAAGGAUAACCGGGAGAGUUCGAAGUUCGCCAAUAUUAGUAUCGACACUGUUUGCGAUAUUUUGGUGGAUCAGAAUCGAGGAAUUGCUGUUGAUAGAUUAGCUGAGGUCAGCAAUAUGAUGCUGAAUGCCAGUGGUGAAAAGUGCUUUGAUUAUAAGUACAGUAACAUGUUGGAUGAGAUGAGAAAUGUCUCGUGGAAGGCUGAGGCGUCUGAGGGUGGACGUCAGUGGACUUAUCAAACUUGCACUGAGUUUGGGUUCUUCCAGACUUCAACAGCAAAACCCAUGUUAUUCAGUGAAACUUUCCCAGUAGAAUUUUUCGUGCAGCAGUGCACUGACAUCUUUGGGCCCAGAUACAACAUCGAGUUGUUACGUGAAGCCGUAAAGGGAACAAAUACUCUGUAUGGUGGUCUUCAUCUAGAAGUGACGAAUGUGGUCUACGUUCAUGGAUCCAUUGAUCCCUGGCACGCACUUGGUAUCACACAAUCGUCAAAUCCCAAUACUCCAGCCUUCUACAUCAAUGGCACUGCUCACUGCGCAAACAUGUACCCAUCCUCUGAGCACGAUAUUCCUGAACUGGUGGAGGUACGCAAGAAAGUGGGGAAGAUCAUAGGCCAGUGGUUGGAUUGAGAAUGAACAUUUUAAAUAAUUUCUUUAUAAUUAUUAUUCCUCAAAUUGAAUCUCAAAGAUCGUACAGACCAAGACAAUGAUGAAGGCUGAGCAUAAUAAUAUUCAUGAUAUUUAUUAUCGCGUAUAUUAUAUUCUUUAAUCUCUAUAAUAGAUACACAGGAUACAGGGAACAUAUCUUUACAUAGACGUUAAAAUAAAUGAUUCUCCAAACGUUCGUUACACACCACUGGUAAAUUCGAUUAAGUAUACGUAAGUAAACAGAAUGAAACUGCCGAUUAAUGGCACUACUACGAAAAAAAAAGUAAAAUAAUUGUUCAAAGUA